AUGACCAUGGCGACUAUGCACACAUUCUUCAAGUCCCCCUUCUUUAACUUUGAGUACCUUCGACUCCUGGCCAUGGCGCCACACGAAGGUGCUGAGAUAGGAGAGGCACUCGAAGCAGCCGCCAAGAUUAAGGAUCUAGAUCCAGAAUCAUGGUUCAGCGCCUUCCUUGACGCCGGCAACAAAGCUGAAAAAAUCGCCAAGGAGGCCGAGCAAGUAGGCGACCGCGUAGCCGCGCGCCGGGCCUACCUGAGGUCAUCUAACUACAUCCGCGCGGCACAGUUCAUGCUUAAUGAAGGUCCUAUUGGGCAAGACCAGCGCGUUCUUCCCAACAUUAAGCGUGCAAUUGCGAAUUUUCGAAAGGGAGUCCAGUACCGCGAUGGAAAGACAUUCUUUCUAGAGAUCCCGUACGAAAAUGGGAUCAAUUUGCCCGGCUAUCUUUACUUGCCAGAGGCUUCCAAGCGCAUUCCUGGCCGCAAAAUUCCUAUUUUGCUGAACUCUGGUGGAGGCGAUUCCACACAGGAAGAGAUUUACUUCGUAAACCCGGCGUUUGGGCCAGAAGUAGGGUAUGCAGUCGUCACGUUUGAAGGACCGGGUCAGGGAAUUGUCCUCCGCCGCGACAAGCUGCCGAUGCGCCCGGACUGGGAAGUAGUCACAGGUGCGGUCCUGGACCACCUGUUUGAUUUCGCAGCCAGCCAUCCAGAGCUUGAGCUCGACCUUGAUCACAUUGCUGUUACCGGUGCAUCUAUGGGUGGCUAUUUUGCACUGCGUGCAGCCGCAGACAAACGUAUCAAGGCGUGUGUUAGUGUCGACGGAUUCUACAGUUUGGCAAGCUUCGUUGGCGGCAGAAUGCCGGGGCCUCUCUUCAACGGCUUCAUGAACGGCUGGCUGUCCGACGGUGUAUUCAACACUAUCCUGCGGUUUCUGCAGCGACUGGACUUCCAGGCGCGUUGGGAGUUCAAUCAUCUAAAGUGGGCAACAGGUACUACAACUGAAGCCGACAUCAUGCGGAGUUUCGGCGACUACACACUCCUCAACCCAGACGGUACCGAGUAUCUAGCCGAUGUGAAGUGUCCCACGCUGGUAACCGGGGCAGGGGCAAGCUGGUACUUUGAUCCGGUGACUACAACAGACAAGAUCUACGACUGCCUUACGAGUCUUAAACCUGGCGUGGACAAGGAAAAGUGGAUCGCUCAUGAUAUAGCCUAUGGAGGGCUCCAGGCCAAAAUCGGUGCUUUCGGCUACUCGGCGCAGAGAACCUUUCAGUGGCUAGACGCCAGAUUCGGGAUUGAGAGAACCGCCGGGGAGGCGACACCUAAAAACGGGAAUGAGUUGAGUGAAAUUUCGUGUUGA